UCGUGGUAAAGAUAGAUGGCGACGUCGAGUUAGAAAUGUCAGGGAAACGUAAUUUUGCAAGUUUUGCAAGCAAUAUUUUAAUAACCUCUGGAUGGAAAGAAGGCGAUGGCUUGGGUAAAAAUCACUCUGGCAUAGUGGAACCUAUCAAGGUUAAAUUUAAAAAAGACCAGGCAGGAGUUGGCCAUGAUCCGGCAGAGCAGUUUACGUUCAACUGGUGGGACCAUGUGUACAAGAAAGCUGCAAACAAUAUUGUCGUAGAAAAUGAUAAGGAUGGUAUUACUGUAAAAAGAAAGGCAACUGAUUCGGAACCAAUAUCCAACAAAAGGGCAAGGUAUGUUCCUGACAAGAAUAUGCUUUAUGGACGUUUUGUAAAGAGUGGAACACUAAUGUCAGAUGGACUGCUAGUGUCAGAGCCAAGCACAACUGUACUCAGUAGUGACAGUGAUGAAGACAAUAUGCAGUCAAACUCGGCUAAGGAUCAGGAUUUGUUAAAGAUUUGUGGUGGUCGCACGGCACAUAAGGGUGCAAGGCAUGGAAUGGCAAUGAAUGGCAAGCUUGCAAGACUGGCAAGGAUUGAAGAAGAGUUGACAGCGAUACCUAAAACCUCUUUACUCACGUUAUCAACAAUAGAUACUGGUGUGACAAACAACAAUGCUGAAAUGUCACCUUUGCAGGAAAAAAAGAAGAAGAAAAACAAGAAAAAUAAAAAAACUGUGGCACCAUCUGAAUGUAAUGAAAUAGAGCAUAGUGAAACAAAUGACUGUGAUAGACUUAAUUUAGAAGAAGCCACCGUGAAAAAUGGCAUUCACUCUUUUCAUGCGACUAAUGUAACUUUAAAAUCGAAGAGAAAAAAAGGCAAACGGAAGAGAAAGAUCGAUGAUCAGGCAAUAUGCAGCAAUGAAGAAUGUAAGCCAGUAAGAAAAUCAAAAAAGUCAUCCAAAAGAAUAGAAAAAAUUGUUAAAAAGAAGUCAUAAAAAUUGUAAAAUGUGUGACAUGAAAUAUAUAGAUAAUUAAGAAGUAUUGUCUACAAAAAAAAUUUCUGGCUAUUGUGAUAUUUUGGUUUCAAAGGUGAUCACCUCAUUAAUCUCGCUUCUAAAUGCAUUUCAGUGAUAUCGCUUUCGUAUUACUGUAACAUUAGAAAUUGAAUAAUAACAAUGUAUAUGUUAAUAUUUAACUCAAUAAUAUAUUGGUACUUCCUGAAACCAAAGAUUGUGUGAAUUUAAUGCUUGCAGGGUUCAAACCCUUUAAAUUAAACUUCAUGACAUUUUGGGUAGACUAUAAAUAAUAUAUGGAUAUAUUAUAUGGAUUGUUGAACAAAAAUUAUGAAAUGGACCUUACCCUAUUGCAGUAGUUGUUGAAUGUCAUUAACUGCUCUUGUCACAAGGUCAUUAUAGUGGAGCAGUUACUGAAGCUGAUAGGGUCUAUGUACCCCAGGGUACUUAUCGGAGGGGUGUUGCUA